GAAAUACAGGACAUGCUGUUGAUAUGAACAUAUUUUUGGAUGAUCCAGAGUUUGCGGAAAUUGUUCAGAGAGCUGAACAAGCUAUAGAGUGUGGAGUUUUUCCAGAAAGAAUCUCUCAAGGGUCCAGUGGAAGUUACUUUGUCAAGGAUCCAAAGGGGAAAAGCAUUGGAGUGUUCAAACCAAAAUCUGAAGAGCCUUAUGGACAUCUAAAUCCAAAGUGGACCAAAUAUUUUCACAAGAUUUGUUGUCCUUGCUGCUUUGGCAGAGGCUGCCUCGUUCCAAAUCAGGGAUAUCUCUCUGAAGCUGGUGCCUAUCUUGUGGAUGACAAGCUGGGGCUAGGAGUUGUACCUAAAACUAAGGUUGUCUGGCUUGUCAGUGAGACCUUUAACUACAGUGCAAUAGAUCGUGCAAAGUCAAGAGGAAAAAAAUAUGCUUUAGAAAAAGUGCCAAAAGUUGCUAAAAAAUUUAAUCGAAUUGGACUACCUCCUAAGGUUGGCUCCUUCCAGCUGUUUGUUGAAGGGUAUAAGGAAGCUGACUACUGGCUCAGGAAGUUUGAAACUGAUCCUCUACCUGAAAAUACGAGGAAAGAAUUUCAGUCACAGUUUGAGAGAUUGGUUAUCUUGGAUUAUGUCAUCAGAAAUACAGACAGAGGUAAUGAUAACUGGUUGGUCAGGUAUGAAAAACAAGAUGGUGGAACUGAUCUGUCAGAUAAGGAUAUCCAAUGGACUGUAACUAAAGAUCCUAUUAUUAAAAUAGCUGCAAUUGACAACGGGUUAGCUUUUCCUUUUAAGCAUCCUGAUGAGUGGAGAGCGUAUCCCUUUCACUGGGCUUGGCUUUCUCAAGCAAAAGUUCCUUUCUCUCAGGAGACCAGAGAUUUGGUUCUUCCUCGAAUUUCUGAUAUGAACUUUGUGCAGGAUCUUUGUGAAGAUCUUUAUGAACUGUUUAAGACUGAUAAAGGGUUUGACAAGGCUACUUUUGAAAAUCAAAUGUCCGUUAUGAGAGGGCAGAUACUAAACCUUACUCAGGCAUUAAAGGAUGGGAAGAGUCCUCUCCAGCUUGUUCAGAUGCCCCGGGUGAUCGUGGAGAGAAGUAGCACUGGAAGUCAGGGCCGAAUUGUUCAUCUGAGCAACACGUUCACCCAAACCUUUCAUAGCAGAAAGCCUUUCUUCUCCUCCUGGUAGCAACAAAGAUAUGAGAGAAAAGUCAAUGUCUCAAAUUUAGUAAGCUACUUUUGUGUAAAGGCUCUGCAAUAAUGUAAUUCUGCUGUAUGCCAAGAACUCUGGCUGCCAACACCUCAGAACUUAAAUAUAUUUUGAAUGUAAUCAAAGUUUACAUUUUUUGUGUCAAAAUUGUGAAUUCUUAUGUCAGGGAAUGAGAAGAACUUGUCUAUACUGUAUUUUUAUAGGCUAAAUUAAUGUAUUCUGAAGAAUAAUAAUAAAGGGAAAAUGCACAGUUUGCAUAUGCUGAAAUACUACGUUUGAAUACAAUAGAAAUUCUAUUCAUUUAAUAUAAAGAUGAGAAUCUGUUCCCUAUCAGCUUUUUAUAUGGGCUUUAAAAAGAAGCGUGAGAU